GGGCUCCGUACUUUUCAGAGCUGUGGAUGGAAUCGAUCCCUCAGAAGUUCAACCAUCAGGAGAAAUGUUCUGCAGAUGAAGAUCAGAGAAAUUGCCCGGAGGUUAAAGGACAAGAACAACGGAUAUAGAUUUUCACCCCAUAAAUGCUGCGCUUUGGCGAUGCAGCCCUGGUGAGGCUGAUCUGAGGUCAGUCAGGCAUCAGCAGCUGACGGGGAGGGUCUCCAGCGAUGAGGAGGGACGAGCUCUUCCUCGGCUCCACUUAAGCCGCUCUGAGUGAAGACGAGGAUGAUCGUCCUGAGCAGCCGCAGCCCCAGAAUCAGAGAUGGUCUCAUCUUGUCAAACUCCCUCUGAGGCGCGGCAGAACUGAUGGUGGACUCUGUGAUGGUGACCUGGACGAACCGUGACACUUCCAGCUCCGCCCUUCACUGCAGGAACCAUGGGACCGACGGCAGACCCCACCCUCAACGCCUCUGCCUGGCUCCGCCCCUCUCCGAACACCUCCUCCCAGGCUCCAAUCAGAGCGUGGCAUCCGUACAGCACCGCUGAGCUGGUUCUGAUCGGCAUGGCAACCGGCUCCCUCAGCAUCCUCACCGUCCUUGGCAACACGCUCGUCAUCCUGUCCAUCAAAGUGAACCGCCACCUGCGGACGGUCAACAACUACUUCCUGUUGAGUCUGGCGGCGGCGGACCUGUUCAUCGGACUGCUGUCCAUGAACGUGUACACCGUGUACCGGCUGCGGGGCCGCUGGCCCCUGGGGGCCGCGCUCUGCGACGCGUGGCUCGUCCUGGACUACGUGGUGAGCAAUGCCUCCGUCCUGAGCCUGUUGCUCAUCAGCGUGGACCGCUACCUGUGCACGACACGGCCGCUCAGCUACCCGCUGCGACGGACGGGCCGCGUGGCGGGCCUGAUGAUCGGCGCCGCCUGGCUGCUGUCCUUCCUCCUGUGGGCCCCCGCCAUCCUGUGCUGGCAGAGCGCCGGGGGCCGGCGGGUCAUCCCUGACGGACAGUGCUACAUCCACCUGCUGGCGAGCCCGGCCGUCACUCUGGGAACCACGCUGCCGUCCUUCUACCUGCCGGCGCUCGCCAUGAUGGGAUUGUACAGCCGCUUGUCGGCCGCCAGCCGCCGCAGGCUGAGCGGCCUGCAGGCGGGACAGGAGACGCUUAGGAUCACCCGUCCCUCCGUUAAAGACUUCUUCCUGAAACGACGCAGCCCGGCCUCGGGUUUGUCUCUGGACCAGCGAGGAACACCUGGAAGUUGUAAACGCCUGCAGCGCCUCUCCCACGCCUCGUCGUACGCGGCCGGAGACGAAGACUCGUCCUCCACCCCCGACCUCCACAGCUCGGCCUCCGCGGCGCUGUCCUCCUGUCCCAGCUUCAGGUCCCAGGAGAGGAGGAGGCGCCGCGUCAUGGCGAGGGAGCGCAGGCUGACCAACACCAUCCUGGCCAUCCUGCUGGCCUUCAUCCUCACCUGGUCGCCCUACAACGUCAUGGCGGUCGUCGCUGCCUUCCGUCACGUCCGCAUCCCCGACGCUCUGUGGAGCGCGGGCUACUGGCUGUGCUACAUCAACAGCGCCAUCAACCCCUGCUGCUACUCCCUGUGCAACGUCACCUUCAGGAAGACCUUCUGCUGCCUGCUGAGCUGCCGCGCCGGGAGGCUGCACUGACGCCACCGCAGCAGGUGGACCAGCAGGUUUUUCCUCUGGAGAACCGUCGAUCGGGACCGCUUCGGUCAAGGAAUCGGUUCAAAAUCAGUAAUUGUUUGAGCUUCUGAUCAGGAAUCUGUUCAGCCUGGAGUCGGCUUGAAGUCAGGAAUCUGGUGGCCGUUCUUUCAGAAUCCAGAAUCAGUUUAGGUGAUGAGAAAUGUCUCAAAAUCUGUCUGUUCAGCACCGUUGAUCUGUCAAGAAUCAGGAAACGUCCCUCAGAAAUCUCUUCAGAAUCAGAAAUCUGUGAGAAAUCUGUUUAAAAUUGUCAAUCUCAUCUUUUCAGUCAUUAAUCUGUGCUGAAACUUUAAAGUUAAUUUAAAAGUUUAGGAAUCUAUCUAGAAUUUGACUUUUUUUUUCUCCCCAGAAAGACUCAGUUCAACCAGUUCAAUCUGAAACGCAUCAAUAAUCUGGAGUCUCUUUACAAUCAGGAAUCUGUCAAGAAUACGAAGAUUUACACUAAAAUAAUCGGUUAAAAGUUCAGAUUUAGGAAUGGGAAGUUAGAAAUUUGUUCACGAUCACAAUUUUCUUCAGACUUAAAAAAAUAUGUUCAGGAAUUUCUUCAGAGUCUGCGUAGGAUAAAGAAUCAGUUCAGACUCAAUUAUCCGUCCAAAGAAUGAAGAACUUGUCCAGAACAGAGAAUUUGCUCCGACUGAACCGGUUCAGAAAGUAGACACGAGAAUCUGCGCUGACAUUUCUUCACAAUCCGUAUUCUGAGCGGCCAAGAAUCAGGAAUCUGUUUGUUGAUUUUUCUGGAUGAAUCAAAAAUCCCUUUUGGACUGGGAAUAUGUGCUGAAACUUUAUCAGAAUCAAGAAGCUGUUUCAGGUUUGGGAACGGAACGAUCAGGAAAUAUCAGGCGUCUUCAACCUGAUGGAUAAACUGUGUUGCCUUAAUAAAACACACCGACGUUUUCACCAAAA